AUGGAGGUAUUGGAGGAGAGAAAUUCUUUAAGUGUUCUCGAGACUCAAGUAAAUAAACUUCAAAGGAAGCUGUGUGCUGAAAGUGAGACUUUUCCAGGUUACAAUAUAGAAGCACCAUCAAAUGUCAAGGUUCAGCAGGGCCUCUGUGCACACAUUCCCUGCAGCUUUACCUAUAAUAAAAACCAUGGAAGUCUCUCCCUACCAGACAACAAAGUCCUCUGGUUCAAGUGUUCACAACAUUAUACCUCUCCUGUAGUUAUAAAAAACAUUGAUUCAAUCCUCAAUUUCAGUAUUGGAAGAAUCUGGAUAACUGGAGAUGUGCAAAAUGGGGACUGCUCAUUAAGUAUCAAUAAUGUGGAACUGGAAGAUGCAGAUACAUAUUGUUUUAGAAUUGAAGGAACAUCCCUUUUACAAUUUAGCUACACAGGUAUCACGCCCUCCGUGUCUGUGACAGAGCUUACAGAAAAACCUCAGAUCUUUUCUCAUAAACCUCUAAAUGCUGGUGAAGAGGUUACACUGCUGACAUGUACAGCUCCAGGGAGAUGUGCUGGAACUGCUCCAAUAAUCACAUGGGAAGGAAAUGUAAAUUACCCAAAAUAUGAAACUUCUAGAGUUGAUCAUGGAGAUGGUAACAGCACCCACUACUCAGUUAUCACAUUCACUCCAACUGAGAGAGACAACAAUAGACCUCUAACCUGUAAAGUGGCUUUCGGGUCCAUUAGAACCUUAACUACCAGAAAUACAAUUACUCUUAAUGUUGAAUGUAACGGUGAUGUAAAAAAUGUAAGAGUGCUAGAAGGUGGAUCAGUGAUUCUGCAAUGUAAUGUUAUCAGUAACCCAACAUCGAGCAUUAUAUGGUUGAAAAAUCAUAAAGUACUUAAUAGCACUGAAUCUGGACAUAGCCUAAUGCUUCAUCUUGACAACAUUUCUAGUGUUUUUCCAGUAUACACUUGUUCAGCAAGCAACAUCCGUGGAAAAACCAGAACUGACAUUUACAUCACUGUGGAGUGUAAUGUUUUGCAAGGAAAUGCUCAGGAACUUGAUGAAGGGUCCUCUUUUUUCAUGAAAUGCACUGCUGAAAGUUCUCCACCUGCUGCAUUUUACUGGCUGCAACCUAAUCAUAAUGUUUCAGAGGGACAUGAAAUAAAUGUGAAUGGUCUUUUGGAAACUGAUUAUGGUUUAUACAUGUGCAAAGCCACAAAUAAGUACGGGACCUCAUCCAUCUCUGUCAACAUCAUCCGUAAAAGCAGUGAUAAAGAGGGAGGCCAUGAAGUUAAUGAAGGAACAAAUUCUGUGUACCAGGUAUGA